GGUGGCCCGGAGAAGCGGCUGCUGCGGGGAGUCUGAUUUCCAGUCCUGUUUAUUAAUAACCCCCCCCGCCCCAUGCUAAGCCCAUGUGCAGUGCAGAGCCGGAGGCGCUGGGCUCCAGGGGAGGAAGGGACAUGAUGGCACAGCCCGAGCCCCCUCCAGAGCUGCAGCUGGAUGAAGCUGGAGCAUCCUCAGCCCCUCAGGGAGCGGCUGCAGGAGCUGCUCCACACCCGGACCAUCCACACAGCCCGUUAGACCCAUCAGGGGGCGUGGGGGUGACACCCCUGCUCAGGGGCAGCCCAGGCUCCAGCCAGGAGCUGCAGGCUACCAGCAGGGACACCUCCUUGGAGCUAAACGUGCCAGGGACCCAGCUGGACGUGGAUGCAGCCGGGGCUGGGAUCCCACUGGAUGUGGACGUGGCAGGAGUCCCGCUGGACGUGGAUGCAGGUGGGACAGGAAUCCCACUGGACAUGGAUGCAGAUGGAGUAGAGAUUCCACUGGAUGUGGAUGCAAGUGGGACAGGGAUCCCAGUGGAUGAGGAUGCAUCAGGGAUCCCACAGGACUUGAAUGCAGGUGGGGCAGGGAUCCCACUGGAUGAGGAUGCAGAUGGAGCAGCGAUCCCACUGGACAUGGACACAGACAGGGCAGGGGUUCCGCUGGACAUGGAUGCAGAGGGAGCAGGCAGCCCUCUGGAUGCAGACACCACAGAACACCAGUGCCUGACCCUGGAAGAGCUGGGGAACUACUUCCAAGAGUGCAUCGAAAUCGUGGAGCAGCUGGAGAAGGAGAGGGACGGCCUGAUCGCGGAGCUGGCGCGGCUGCGGGAGCCGGCGCUGCAGGAGAUCCGCCACGCCCACGAGGAGAUCCAGGCGGCCUGCAGGCUGCUGGCCAAGGUGGAGCUGGAGAGGGACAACCUGAGGGACGAGAUCCGCCAGAUCAAGCAGAAGCUGUUCAGGGUGACCAAGGAGUGCGUGGCCUGCCAGUACCAGCUGGAGAGCCGGCGCCACGACCUCUCCCAGCACGCCGCCUACCAGGGCGAGCUGGAGAGCCAGGCCGGGCAGCUCUCGGGGGAGCUGUCCCAGCUGAAGGAGACCUGUGAGAAGGAGAAGGAGGCCCUGAGGCAGCGCCUGGAGGCCCCGCCGUGCCGGCAGGACAACCUGUACCUGCAGGAGAGCCGCCGGCUGUCGGUGGAGUUCGAGAGCUUCGUGGCGCGGAGCCGGCGGGGGCUGGAGGAGCACUACGAGCCGCAGCUGCUGCGGCUGCUGGAGCGGCGCGAGGCCGGGGCCAGGGCGCUGCAGGAGAUGCAGGGGGAGAUCCAGGGCAUGAAGGAGGCCCUGAGGCCCCUGCAGGGCGAGGUCAGCCGGCUGAGGCUGCAGAACCGCAGCCUGGAGGAGCAGAUCGUCCUGGUCAAGCAGAAGCGGGACGAGGAGGUCGGGCAGUACCGGGAGCAGGUUGAGGAGCUGGAAGACAGGCUGAAGGAGCUGAAGAACGGGGUGCAGCUCCAGCAGCGCAAGAACCAGGAGCUGGAGGAGCUGAGGACGAGCCUCCACAGGGAGCUCUCCAUCUACAAGAGCUGCUUGGAAAUCUAUGGACACCUUUGCAAAUCAGAGGAAAAGGCAGACCAGGACUGUUAGAACCGUGGAAUUUUCCUCCUUGUAGCAAAAACAAUGGACAGAGGAUCUAACAAGGGAUGUCUCCUCGUGCUGCUUAUCCUGCCUGAAGCGCAGCUGCUGCCUGGAGUCGGGAAUAGCACCCAGUCCUUUCCCUGGGUGUGUUUCUCCAGGUGCUGCUGCUGCUGCUCAUGUAGCAAAAACUGCUUUUCCACAGAGGAGCAGAGCAAACAAUCCUUGCACUGAAAACAAUGGACAUGGAUGAGGAAUAACAGAUUUAUGUUUUGCUGUGUUUGGGGAAAACGUGUCUUGUCCCAUCAAUGGAACUGUUUCAAACCUGCACAGAGAGUUCUGAGGGAGAGGGGGGUUUGACUUUUAAAAAGUUUACAUGCAAGAGAAGCUUUAUCCUUUGAACAGGAUUUUCUUUUGUAUUUCAAGGGUCUCUGCUGUACUGGGAUGUGCCCCACAGAAACGAGGUGGUGGGUAAGAGGUUUCCACUUUAUAUCGAGUCUCACACUGAAAAUAAAGGUCAGAGUUUAAGGA